CAAGAAAAAUGGCGGCCAAAGAAGAAGAAGAAGUGAGUUUAAAAGAAAUGUUUGAAAGAGGUUUGGCUUUACAUGAACGAGUUGAACAGAGUGAGGAACCUAACAACUCAGAAAACUUGCAGAAAACCAUCACCUCAGCUCUUGAAUGUUUAGCUAGAACAACAGAAAUGGUUAACAAGGUCAGCCUUUUUAGCUCCAAUGAAGAUCUAGAAGAAGUAGCAACAACAGAUUUAAGGUAUUUCUUACUUCCAGCAUUAUCAGCAGAUCUCACCCUUCGUCAAAUGUCUACAGAGAGAAUUUCAAUUGUCAAAAUAGCAAAGAUAUAUUUAAUAGAUUUUCUUAAGAGAUGCAGAGAUUAUGGGAUAACAGAUAAGGAUGUCUUUCAAGUGUCUGAAACAACAAGUUCACCUUUACCAGGAGCAGAAGGCUUAAAACAAAUGGCCAAUGCUCGUCAGGAAAAAAUUAGAAAGUAUAAGGAACAAAAGCAGCAAGAGGGUAGGUUAAAAGAAUUAAGAAACAGUAUAGAAGGAAGUCAUUCGAAGCCUGUUGAUGAGGAAAUCCAGAGAGAAUAUUAUUUAUUGCUGAUUAAGAAUUGGGUAAACAAAGCUAUUGAUCACCUGGCAAGUAUAAAAGAUGAGCUUGAAAUAUUAAACCACAUGGAAGAUAUGAAAAAAGGGUUGGUGAAAACUGAAGAUAAAGCACCACCUCGGAAGCCUAUGAAACCUAUUCUCCUAACUAGAGAGUCUAUCAAGGCUAAAGUGUUCGGGGCAGGGUAUCCCAGUGUACCCACCAUGACUCAGGAAGAAUUUUUGGAAAAAGAAAUCAGAGAGGGGAAGGUCGUUUUGGACUACAAUUCGAAAAGCACGAACCCACCCAAGCCCGAAGAGAAAGAGGAAGAGAAAGAGGAAGAGAAAGAGGAAGAAGAAGAUGACGAUGAUCCUGAGAAACUACGAAAGGCACGAUCAAUGGACGACUGGAAGGACGAUCACCGAAGAGGCUGGGGCAAUAGAGAAAACAUGGGCUAGUGUAUUCAUUUGAAGAGAAAGAGACUAAAAAAGCCCCAACUUCCAACCUUGCUGCAGCGCAUGGUCACAACACUCAAACCGUGUGGGCGAACAAAGUAGACAAGACACUCCUUUUUCAUGAAACCGCUGAAGCAGACAUGUCGCUUUAUCUUAGUUC